CUGCUUUAGCUACCACCGGGCCGACCCCGUAGUCACGAUGCUCAGUUGGCCUGAUUGGUUGCUAAUUGGCGGCAUCAAGGGUCUUAACGCCUUGUUACAAGGUUUCAGUGGUUCCCUCCAUGUCUACUCCACAUACCAAGCGUAUUUGCCAGAUAAUCAAGCUCAAACCAGAAUGCGCGGACGAGUACAAAGAGGUCCACAGGAACGUCUGGCCUGGCGUCCUCAACGCCCUUAGACGAUAUCAUAUCGUGGACUACUCAAUCAACCAUUAUCCGCCGUUGAAUUUGCUCAUCGCGAACUUCAAGUACACAGGUAGUGACUUUGAGAAAGAUAUGAAAGCUAUUGGAGAGGAUGAGGAGACGCAGAGGUGGUGGAGGCUCACAGAUAGUAUGCAGGAGAGCUUUAAUGACGGCGCAUCUGGGAGUGGAAGGGAAAUCCCUUGGUGGACGGACGUAGAGGAAGUCUUCCGUUUCGAGGGAGGCUCUUCAGCAUGAUAUGUUGGCAGCCGUCGUUAAUGAGAUUGACUACCUCUUCGGGCUAUUGACUAGUUGGAAGGCACUGUGCCAAUAUUGAAAAGGCAGAGAAUAAGGCAAAUUCGCCCAAGACGGGGAUCUGACUGGUUACAUUGCUCGAACUCGAUGCGGAACUUUACUUCAAGAUAUG